CAGUGAUGCAAGGCAUGCUCCUGAGGAGCCUGCAGCCUCUCCAGACACUGUCGACCGGACCAGUGUGGACUGUACUCCCCAUUUACAACUCUCCAUUUGUUGCCCACCGCUCAACUGCACCUGAGUUUGGGUUGAGGACAUUUUAAACCAGAAACUCUUUCAAAGGGGCUUUAUUUUGUUUUCGUUAUAUAUUUCUUCAAUGAAUUUGGCUGUAGUCUCUCCCAAAAGUCGUAGUAGUCCAUUCUUCCGAAUGCCUCGCCUGCAAGUCUCGCUUUGCAUGUGGGUAUAGCCGAUGGUUUCAAACUGCGUCCAGGUGGUUUGCGGGAAAACAUCGCACAGGGAUUUUUUUUUUAAAUAAUCUUUUAUAAAUUCCUCUUUCUCUUUUGGGAGCGCGUACAUAAUUUUUUUCCACAAUGGCUGAUGAUGCAGAAUGCAAUAUCAAGGUGUUGUGUCGAUUUCGUCCACUGAACAAAUCCGAAAUUAUCCGCGGAGAUAAGUUCAUCCCAAUAUUUCAAGGAGAAGAUACAGUCAUCCUCGGGGGGAGGUCGUAUGUAUUUGACCAGGUGUUCCCCACCAACACCACCCAGGAGCAGGUCUACAACACCUGUGCCAAGCAGAUUGUCCGAGAUGUACUGGGUGGAUACAAUGGGACUAUCUUUGCCUAUGGGCAGACUUCCUCUGGAAAGACACACACCAUGGAGGGGAACCUUCACGAUCCCCAGGGAAUGGGAAUCAUCCCCCGCAUCGCUGAGGAUAUUUUCGAACAUAUAUUUUCAAUGGAUGAGAACCUAGAAUUCCAUAUAAAGGUAUCCUACUUUGAGAUCUACAUGGAUAAAAUUCGGGACCUGCUCGAUGUGACGAAAACCAACCUUUCAGUGCAUGAAGACAAAAACAGAGUUCCUUAUGUGAAGGGCUGCACUGAGCGAUUUGUCACAAGUCCUGAGGAAGUGAUGGAUGUGAUAGAUGAAGGGAAGGCCAGCCGUCAUGUUGCUGUCACUAACAUGAAUGAGCACAGUUCCCGCAGUCACAGCAUCUUCCUGAUAAACAUCAAACAGGAAAACGUGGAGACGGAGCAGAAGCUGAGUGGGAAGCUGUACCUGGUUGACCUAGCUGGUAGCGAGAAGGUCAGUAAGACAGGUGCAGAGGGAGCAGUGCUGGAUGAGGCCAAGAACAUCAACAAGUCUCUGUCGGCCCUGGGGAACGUCAUCUCGGCCUUGGCUGAGGGAACGAAAUCCCAUGUGCCGUACCGUGACAGCAAAAUGACUCGUAUCCUGCAGGACUCACUGGGCGGGAACUGUCGCACCACCAUGUUCAUCUGUUGCUCUCCCUCCAGCUAUAACGACGCAGAGACCAAAUCCACCUUGAUGUUUGGCCAACGAGCCAAGACCAUUAGAAAUACUGUAUCAGUGAACCUGGAGCUCACAGCAGAGCAGUGGAAGAGGAAGUAUGAAAAGGAAAAGGAGAAGAACAGGUCAAUGAAGGAGGCCAUUCAGAGGCUUGAGGCUGAGCUCAACUGCUUGAGGAAAGGUGAGGAUGAUGUUGUGCUGGGGCAGCGUGAUGGAUCGGAGGAUGUUCCCCUGGUGGCUCCAAAAUCUGAGGAGCCAGUUCUUGACAUCUGCAGCCCCUGCAGCCCCUGCAGCCCCUGCUCCAUUGCGUCCUCCAUUGUGGUUCACAUUUCUGAGGAAGAGCGGCAGAAGUAUGAGGAGGAGAUCCGCAAGCUGUACAAACAGCUGGACGAGAAGGAUGAUGAGAUCAACCACCAGAGCCAGAUGGUGGAGAAGCUGAAGGAGCAGAUGCUUGACCAGGAGGAGCUUCUAGCAUCAUCCAAGGGUGACAGUGAGAAGGUGCAGUCGGAGCUCGGCAGGCUGCAGACAGAGAAUGAAUCUGCUAAGGCGGAGGUGAAGGAGGUCCUCCAGGCCCUGGAGGAGCUGGCAGUCAACUAUGACCAGAAGAGCCAGGAGGUAGAGGAGAAGAGCAUGCAGAACAAGAUCCUGGCUGAAGAGCUUUCAAAGAAAAUGGGUCAUUUGAUGGCUUUAGAGGCAGAGCUGUCCCGUAUCCAAGAAGUGAGCAGCCACCAGAGGAAACGCAUCGCUGAGAUUCUCAACGGGCUCAUGAGGGAGCUGAGCGAGUUCAGCACCAUUGUAGGAAACAAGGACAUCAAGUUGCCCAUGGAGAUCACCGGUGCGAUCGAGGAGGAGUUCACUGUGGCUCGCCUCUACAUCAGUAAGAUAAAGUCGGAGGUGAAGUCGAUGGUGAAGCGCUGCCGUCACCUGGAGAACCUCCAGAUGGAGUGUCACCGCAAGAUGGAGGAGACGGGAAGAGAGCUGUCCUCGUGUCACCUCCUCAUUUCACAGCACGGUGCUAAGAUCCGCUCUCUAACGGAGUACAUGCAGAAUGUGGAGCUGAAGAAGAGACAGCUGGAGGACAACUACGACUCUCUGAGCGAGGAGCUGGCCACACUCAAAGCUCAAGAGAGCUUGUCACACAUGACCAGGGGGGAGAAUCGCACGUCUGCCCAGGAUUGCUGUGAUAUAAAGAGGGCUUUGGAGCAGCAGAUGGAGUCACACCGUGAGGCGCACAGCAAACAGCUUGGCCGCCUGCGAGACGAGAUCAAUGAGAAGCAGAAGAUCAUCGACAAUUUAACUGACUGUAACCAGAAGCAGCAGUUGGAGUUGGAGCAACUGCACGAUGACUUUGAACGUCUCAGGAGCCAAGAGCAUCACAAGAGCCGGCAGCUGGAGGAACUGACAUUUCUCCAUGAGCGUCAUGAGCAGUCAAAACAGGACCUCAAAGGGCUGGAGGAGACUGUUGCUCGUGAGCUCCACACCCUGCACAACCUCCGCAAGCUUUUUGUUCAAGACCUCACGACUCGAGUUAGAAAAAGUGCAGAAUUGGAGCCUGAUGAUACUGGGGGAUAUAUCACCCAGAAACAGAAGAUUUCCUUUCUUGAAAACAACCUGGACCAGCUUACAAAAGUUCACAAACAGCUGGUGCGUGACAAUGCAGACCUUCGCUGUGAGCUUCCAAAACUGGAAAAACGUCUUCGGUCUACAGCUGAGCGAGUUAAGGCGCUGGAGGGUGCACUGAAGGAGGCGAAGGAAGGAGCCAUGAAGGACCGUCGCCGCUACCAGCAGGAGGUGGAGCGUGUCAAAGAUGUAAUGAGGGUCCGCAAUCCUUUCCGCCGGCCCCAUGCCGCACAGAUAGCCAAGCCUGUGCGCCCUGGCCACUACCCAGCCUGCUCUCCCACCAACCCCUUCUUCAUCCGAGGCUACAGCGAUCACCCCGUUGCCUUCAGCAAUGCUGUUUUCCACAACAGCAACAACCAACAAGCAGCUGCUUCUUCUGCCCCUGCAUCUCCAGAGAACGAGCCUCGGGUACCUGAGGCCAACUCCAACCAGAACAGCCCCGUCAAACACGCCGACUCCCAAAACAGCGACACACACGACAACGACACUCACAACAAGCUUCCGGCUGAACCAGCGAGCCAAGCAGACAACAACACUGCAGAGAUGCUCGAUUCAGAAAACGGAAACACCACAGACAUCAAUGACAACAGCAUGUGUCUGAAUGUGAAUUCUGUGUCCAGAACUGACGUCUGUGACAAUCAGGGCCCAGCCAAACUCUACAGCCUGCAGCCGGAGGCCUCAGCCAGCUAAUAGUCCUGAGCAGGCAGACGUUUUUUCCGAGGCCUCUUCUGUAAAUCUGCAUGCAGCCGAUCACAGUCCUCCCAGACUCCCUUUCCUCUCUCAUCCCCACCUGCUGUAAAUAGACCUCUAUCUCCUGUGUCCCUUUUCCUCCUCCUGCUUGCUCCUCUGCCACCCAUUCUCCUUCCUGUACUAUGAUGUGUGGGGGUGUAGGUGUUAUCAGUUUGGCAAGCACUGCAUCUCAAACACCUGACCUGGCAGCUUACACCUUGCACCGCCUCCCACAUGACUUGGAAUACAAAGGGACCACAAAUAGAAAGGUGGGUAAGAGAAGGCGCAGUGCUGAAGGUAACCACUAGGCUGUGCUGUUUGUCUCAAUGACGGAAUCACAGUGGACAUAAAACCACAACAUCAAACAGUAAACUGAAGCAUUGUUAUUAUUGAAAAUGAGUUUGGAUUAGGAAACUCCAAGUUAAACUUUGUUCAACAACAUGAAUAACAGUGUGAACCCUUGGCUCACUUAACUGAUAUUUAUACUUUAAAUGUGCAUGUUGAUUUGUCAUGUUGGUCUUGAGCUUUUCUUGGAAAAUAAAUGAAAGAAGAAGAAAGCUAGCGAGGCAACAUUAUCGUGAAAUGUAUCAGUCUAAACACUGGUGCAGAAGAGACUCUGUGUUUGUUACUGCCAACAAAUUCCAUGAAAAGACCAAAAUCCAACAAUACGUUAGUGACUCUCAGUAUCCUUUGACUUCCCCAACCUGACUGUGGCUCUCAGCCCUGAGCCUGUUUGUUCCUACUGACGACAUAAAUUUUUAAAAACAGGCCAAGAAUGCAGCAUUUCAUUUUUUCCAAAAAAGGAUGGGGACUGUAGUUUUUUUUAGGAAACAUUACUCAAACUGCAGUAAAUUGUGCAUUUGUUAAGGACUAUUUACAACCAGGGAUUAAUACACGUUUGGUGUUCAAGUGAGCAUUUACAGCAGCACCAUGGUGUAUCUGGCUCUGACUCAAAAUAAACUGCAGUGCCCGUGUUUAUUGUAUUGAAGACAGAUGUUAUCCAUACAACAGCGUGGCUCAUUAAUGUGCACAGUGUAAUGGUUUUGUAUUUUGGUAUAUCUUGCAGGAUGUAUUUCAGAUACUUAUAGUCCAUAUCAUGUUUCCAAUAGCAAACCAAAUAACCCCCACACACAUCUAGCCACCGUCUUGCAAGUUUUAGAUCACAGUUUUUGUAAAGACCUUAUGAAUCUUGAUGCUUCACCUGGUUCUGAUAUCGGCACUAUCACACCGAGCACAGGAUGAACUCUAGUGCUCACGGUAAAGUUGGUCAGAGCAUUGCUUAAAAUAAAAUACUAAAAUAUUCAGCAGUUAACAGUGCUCGCCAUGGUGUGUCUGCCUUUUGUUACACAUCACUUGCUUUAACUGGUAUGAGGAAUAACGUCAUCUGAACCAUAAGUAACAUGAAUUCUGAUUGUUUUUAAGAGACUGAUUGUGUGGUAGUAAAGUGGUCUGAGCCCCCCCCCCCCAAAAAAAAAAAAAAACAGCUGACAGGGAGCAUCUGUGAAAUAUUCAGUCAUUGUCAUGUCAUCCAAGAGCAUGGCAGAGUAAAAAAUAAAAAAUGUGUAGCAACUAUUUUUAUACAGCUAGUUCUAGUUUGAAAGAAAUAUAUAUUUAUCAUUUGCUCUAUUUUAAAUGUUAUUUCUUUGCUCUUUACUCUUAAUUCAUAGCAGUUAUGUAUUAUUGUGACAUGUAUUUCCUAUACUGCAGAACGGUAAGAAUUUCAGAUUUCCAGUGUGUUGUCAUUGAAUGAAAGUGGGUGCACGUGUGCAGCUGCCAUUCCAAAAUGAAUUGGUGUAGGAGAUGACUAAUCCUACGCUUCUUCAUGAACCACCACAGACUGAAACCAAAGCUCUGAUUGUAGUGAGUCAUUGAAGGAGGAUUUUGCUCUGUAAUAGCCUAUGUAUAAGCUCUGCUGGAGACAUGAACCAAGGGUUACUGUAGGUUAUCAAGAGCUGAUACAGCUUUGUCUUAUCCUUCUGACACACACACACACACUCAGAUGUAGCACCUCAUCAGCCAAUGAGGUGUCUGACCUUUGACCCCGAAAUGCAGAUAUAUGACAUCCUGUAUUUACUUGAGUACAGUCUGAGUUAUCUGAGUAGAUAAGUUGAUGGAUUGACUGUCUACACUGAUGGUCAGUCACUCCACGCCACCCAUCGCACUCUCUCAUUUGACCUCCUGAUCAACCAGUCAGGAUGAGAGAGCCAAGGGUGACAGUGGGGGUGGGGUGGGACUGUAUCUUUCCGUGUGUGUGUGUGUGUGUGUGUAUUGGGAGAGAACAGGAGCUGUCUCUGCUCUUUGACUUUCAGCGAACAAAACAGACCAGUAAUGCUCUAGAUCACAGCUUGCAAAUGACUUAUUAAAUAUUUACUGGGUACAGGGAAGAAGCACAUAAAUUUGUGUUGAGAGACCUAGAAAUAAAUUACACUGCAAGUACUUUUUCAAUGACUUAGUACAAACAGUUCAUGUAGUAAAUAAUUAAGUACAUACAGGGGACCAACAGGUGUAGCCUAAAUGUCCAUGAAAUCAUAGAAAACAAAAACCCAAAACUAUGUCACUGUUCCCCAGUUAUUUAUCAUGAUUUUAAAAACAUAUAUAAGUAUUUUGUAUUGAAAUACUUCUUACACUGUUCCUAUUUUGUCUGUAUUGUUCCUAAAUAAUAACACUAAUGAACCUUUCAUUCUGAUGUUUUUCUAACCCCCCCCUUAAGCGCAAAAUUGUUAUCCCCUUAUACUGUCACAUAAACUGCAGUGACCCUGGUGUUUUAUUGAUUACCUGUAUAUACUAAUUGAUUACGCUGUAAAGUGCAGGCAGGAAAUCUAAAGCAUUACAAACAGACUCUCUGUUUAAAUUUUGCUAAGGCUUAUUAUAAAUGCAUGGAGCAUUUUAUAAUAUUAUUUUCUUAAUGCUUUCCUUUUGUUUUCAUCUUUACCACUUUUUACUCUGAGUAUCUAAUACUGUAGCUGUUCCACUUCCUCCAAAGGGUUAAAAAACGGUCAUUGAACUGAAAAGACUUUACAUUAUCUUUGAAGCCGAGUGUGUUUACAUAACCUAUAGAAACCGUGAGUUGAAUGUGAAUGGCCUUUUCUUUUGUCCAUCUGCUGUUGAUCAGUGAAAACCACAAGGAAAAUAACUAUUCUUCUGACAUGCACUGCUGAGCUGUAAAUGUUUGGAUGACUGAGAGUGGGAUUUAUUUUACAGUCUUAUUGUUCUGUUCGUCUGACAGUAAUUGUAACCAAUCUGAAAAUAGUCUGGCAAGGUCAAUAAUGUGUGAUACUGUAGCUUAAAUAUGCAGAAAUAGAAGACGAGACUGGUAGAAUGGUUUAAAAAAAAAAAUAAGACUGAGGCAAAAUGUCUGUGUUGUUUGUACAAAUGUGCGUUGACUGGUUUGUUUAUAGCGUGUGAUUUAGUGCAUGCAGUACUCUCCUGUAGCUGCUGAGAAACAGUACUGUUAUCUCAUAAAAACCUCUUUCAAUAAAGAUGAACCUGUGUACAUAUGA